UCUCCGGUGAUGUUCCGGCCAACGAUGAACGGAGAAGAAAACGGUGGAGACCUUCUCAGGCAAUUUGAGCAGGUUUUGGAGUCUGAUCCUGCAAUUGAUGAGAUUGGAUUUGUUCAUCCAUCCCUGUUUGUCAACUUGAAUGAAGAGGCAGCCUCAUCAUCUGAUAGUGUUGGUAAUGUGGUGUGCUCGGAAGAUGGGAGUGCAGUGUUUUGGAAUAGGGAUCAUAAGCUGGGAAUUUCAACCAACGUUCUUAUUCCAUUGUAUAAGGAAGCUAAGCACGCGCUGAUUGGAGCAGUUCGACAAUAUAAGGGGCUGAACAGCACGUCUGAUGUGACUGGGGUUGAGAGUUCGGUGUGUGUGUCGUUGUCUUUGGAUGAUGGUAUUGAAAGUGAAGUCAUGAGGCAUACCAGGGCUGUUCUGUUAGUGAGUUCUGAUUAUGGCACUGCUUGGAAUUCCAGGAAGAUGGUGUUGUUAAAAAGGCAAGAGCAAACAACUUUAUUGGCUGAACUUCUAUUCUCAGCGCUUGUUCUUUCAUAUGCACCUAAAUCUGAGCAUGCUUGGUGCCACAGGCGAUGGGUCAUCAAAUUAAUUGCUGGAAAGUGUUCACCUCUGCAAGAUAUUGUCACCAAAGAGUCUGAGCUGGUGGAGAAAAUAGCCGAGAGGUCAAAAAUGAAUUACCGUGCAUGGUAUCAUCGUUGCUGGUUGGUGUCCUACAUGACAACAGAGCAGUCUCUACAUGAAUUAGAGAGAUCUAAAAAGUGGGCUGGCUUGCACGUUGCGGACCAUAGUUGCUUCCAUUAUCGCAGACAGCUAAUGCUUAGGAUUUUAAAGGACAGAAGCUGUCAACAAGAAAGUAUAUCUUUCAUUUGUAGUGUUACAAUGAAUCAACUGUGGAAGGAGGAGCUUGAUUGGGAUGAAAUGUUGAUAAAGCGCUACAUUGGAAGAGAGGCCCUAUGGCUUCAUCGGCGCUUCCUAUCCUUAUUUUGGAUAAAGCAUUUUUCAACUUGUGAUACUCGUCUGGCUGGUGAUUUAAAGCACAAAGCCAGCAUGAAUAAUGACUUUAGUAUCUUUCUGGAUCAUGAGUUUAAUCUCUUGUGGUCGUGCUCCAUCAUUCCAGAUGAUAAUUUUGAUGAUUACCAAGCACAGGCUACACAUUCUGCUACUUACAUGUUAUGGUUAAGUAAGCAAAUCCCGGAUUCUGGUGGCUUUGAAUUCCGGGAGAAGCUAAGAACCGAGAACCUGCAAGCCCUGCUCAACAAGGCGUGCCAUGAAAAGUCCUCAACUUGGGAUUCUAUACUGGCUGAUGUCGAAACGUUCGACCAUUUAGCAAAAGAGGGUUAGACCCCCACACCCAGCAACUAUCAGUUGACCAUAUAGUCUGUGAUGUCCAUUAUUAGUUGCAACAAUUACAAAUUGCAAUAGAGAUGCUACAUGAUUAUAGGAUUCCUAUCAAGCAAGAUGUAAACACUGACAAAUGAUGCAUUAUAUGUGAUUGAA